CAUCUGUCAAAUAUAAAUAUUAUAACAAAGAUAAGCUGAAGAGGUGGCUCGCAGAAAUUGACUGAAAUGGAGAAACUUCACCUGGAAGAGAAGGCAUCACUGGAAGAGAACCAAACCUGCACAAACGCAGGCGGCCAUGAUGAUAAAGCCUCAGUUGGUCCCAGCGAUGGACAGCAGGUUCAGCCCACCCAGAGGCUGCAGAACAAACACCGUUGUGACAAGUGUCUGAAAUAUUUCAGAUGGAAGACGUAUCUGAAAAUUCAUCAACACAUUCACACUGGAGAGAAGCCUUAUAGCUGCAGUCAGUGUGAGAAGAGAUUCAGACAACUGUCAAAUCUGAAGACUCAUCAGCGAAUCCACACUGGAGAGAAGCGCUAUCUCUGUGACCAGUGUGGAAAGGCUUUUAUUCAGAAGAGUAAUUUUAACAGCCAUCAGCGAAUCCACACUGGUGAAAAGCCUUAUAGCUGCAGUCAGUGUGAGAAGAGAUUCAGAGAUUCCUCAGGGCUGAAGCGUCAUCAGCGAAUCCACACUGGAGAGAAGCGCUAUCUCUGUGACCAGUGUGGAAAGGCUUUCACUCGGAAGAGUCAUUUUAACAUUCAUCUGCGAAUCCACACUGGUGAAAAGCCUUAUAGCUGCAAUCAGUGUGAGAAGAGAUUCAGAGAUUCCUCAGGGUUGAAGCGUCAUCAACGAAUCCACACUGGAGAGAAGCGCUAUCUUUGUGACCAGUGUGGAAAGGCUUUCAUUCGGAAGAGUCAUUUUAACAUUCAUCUGCGAAUCCACACUGGUGAAAAGCCUUAUAGAUGUUAUCAGUGUGGAAAGACUUUCAUUCAGAAGGGUGAUUUUAACGUUCAUCUGCGAAUCCACACUGGUGAAAAGCCUUAUAGCUGCAGUCAGUGUGAGAAGAGAUUCAGAGAUUCCUCAGGGCUGAAGCGUCAUCAGCGAAUCCACACUGGUGAAAAGCGCUAUCUCUGUGACAUGUGUGGAAAAGCUUUUAUUCAGAAGAGUCACUUUAACAGCCAUCAGCGAAUCCACACUGGUGAAAAGCCUUAUAGCUGCAGUCAGUGUGAGAAGACAUUCAACGAUUCCUCAGGGCUGCUGUAUCAUAAGCAUAUCCACACUGGUGAAAGGCCUUUCAGAUGUGAUCAGUGUGAGAAGACAUUCAAAAGUUCCUCACAUCUGAAGCGUCAUCAGCGAAUCCACACUGGAGAGAAGCGCUAUCUCUGUGACCAGUGUGGAAAGGCUUUCAUUCGGAAGAGUCAUUUUAACAUUCAUCUGCGAAUCCACACUGGUGAAAAGCCUUAUAGAUGUUAUCAGUGUGGAAAGACUUUCAUUCAGAAGGGUGAUUUUAACAUUCAUUUGCGAAUCCACACUGGUGAAAAGCCUUAUAGCUGCAGUCAGUGUGAGAAGAGAUUCAGAGAUUCCUCAGGGCUGAAGCGUCAUCAGCGAAUCCACACUGGUGAAAAGCGCUAUCUCUGUGACAUGUGUGGAAAAGCUUUUAUUCAGAAGAGUCACUUUAACAGCCAUCAGCGAAUCCACACUGGAGAAAAGUCUUAUAGAUGUUAUCAGUGUGGAAAGACUUUCAUUCAGAAGGGUGAUUUUAACAUUCAUCUGCGAAUCCACACUGGCGAAAAGCCUUAUAGAUGUGACCAGUGUGAGAAGACAUUCAGAUAUCAGUCAACGCUGAAGCGUCAUCAGCGAAUCCACACUGAUGAAAAGCCUUAUAGCUGCAGUCAGUGUGAGAAGACAUUCAAACAUUCCUCAGGGCUGAAGCGUCAUCAGAAAAUCCACACUGGUGAAAAAGCCUGAUUCACACAAGACAGCAGCAACAUCUGGAAUGUGAGGGAACUUCUUUCUCUCCUCCUGUCUUCUAUCACUAUGGCGACAACAGUCGGUGCUGUCAGUAACAUUUAUAUCAAUAAUAAUAACAAGCAUGCAAAUAAA